AUGGCAGCGAAACAAAUCGCAUUCAACACCGACGCACGCGAGCGCAUCCUCAAAGGUGUCCAAAAACUCGCAUCCGCAGUCAAAGUCACCCUCGGCCCAUCAGGCCGCGUAGUCAUCCUCGAAAAAUCCUUUGGCGCCCCAACCGUCACCAAAGACGGCGUCUCCGUCGCCAAGGAAAUCACACUCGACGACCCAUACGAAAACAUGGGCGCCCAAAUGGUCAAAGAAGUCGCAUCCAAAGCUUCCAAAGAAGCAGGCGACGGCACCACCACCGCGACCAUCUACGCCGAGUCCAUCUUCUCCGAAGGUCUCAAGAACAUCACCUCCGGCGCCAACCCAAACCAAAUCAAGCGCGGCAUCGACAUGGCCAUCGAAGCCAUGAUCACCGAGCUCCACUCCAUGUCCAAGCCGAUCUCCUCCUCCAAGGAAAUCGCACAGGUCGGAACCUGCUCCGCAAACCAAGACGCCGAGAUCGGCAAGAUCAUCGCCACCGCGAUGGACAAAGUCGGUAAAGACGGCGUCAUCACCGUCGAAGAAGGCAAGUCCCUCGAAACCGAAGUCGAACUCGUCGAAGGCAUGCAGUUCGACAAGGGAUACCUCUCCCCACACUUCGUCACCGACACCGCCACCAUGGAAGCCGUCCUCGACAAACCAUACAUCCUCAUCCACGAGAAGAAGAUCAGUAAUGCCAAGGACAUCCUCCCAAUCCUGGGUAAGGUCGCCGAGUCGGGAUCACAACUCCUGAUCAUCGCCGAGGAUAUCGACAGCGAAGCACUCGCCACCCUCGUCGUCAACAAACUCCGUGGCACAUUGAAGGUCGUCGCCGUCAAAGCCCCAGGGUUUGGCGAUCGCCGCGCCGAAAUGCUCCAGGACAUCGCCACCCUCACCGGCGGCACCGCGAUCAUGGAACAGCUCGGCAUCGACAUCGAGAAACUCGAACUCUCCGAACUCGGACGCGCCAAGAAGAUCACCAUCUCCAAAGACAACACCAUCAUCGUCGAAGGUGCAGGUAGUGGCAGCGACAUCAAGGGCCGCAUCGACAUGAUCCGCGCCCAGAUCGAAGCAUCCUCCUCCGACUACGACCGCGAGAAGCUCGAAGAGCGCCUCGCCAAGCUCGCCGGAGGCGUAGCACAAGUCAAUGUCGGCGCAGCAACCGAAGUCGAAAUGACCGAGAAGAAAGCACGCGUCGAAGACGCCCUCCACGCCUGCCGUGCAGCGGUUGAAGAAGGCAUCCUCCCAGGUGGUGGCACCGCAGUCCUUCGCGCUCGCCGCGCACUCACCGCGAUCCGCAAGAAAGCUUCCGGCGACGAACGCAUCGGCAUCGACAUCGUCUCCCGCGCAGUCGCCGCACCGGUAAAGCAGAUCGCCAAAAACUGCGGCCUCGACGGCUCCGUCAUCGCGAGCAAGGUCGAAGAAUCCGACGACAACACCUUCGGAUACAACGCCCUCACCCACGAAUACGGCGACCUCGUCGCCAUGGGCGUCAUCGUCCCAACCAAGGUCGAACGCGUCGCCCUCCAGAAUGCAGCUUCAAUCGCAGGCCUCCUCCUGACCACCGAAGCCGCAAUCGUCGAAAUCAAAGACAAACCCGUAGGCGCCGGCCACUCGGGCGAGGACUUUGAUUACUAA